AAUUGUGAAAAAAAUGAGUAGUGGAUUUAAAAAAUUACCUGAACUAAUACAGGUACUUACUAUAGUAUUCACCAGAAAAAUCAUUUAUAAUGAUCAUUUUAACCCAGAACCAAUAUCUCAAGAGAAUAAAGUACUUUGCGAAGAAUUUAUUGCAGAAUAUCUUUUAAAUGGCAGAACGCAAAAAUUUGAAAUUUUGGAAUCAAGAUUAAGAAAUAAGAGCAGAAACCAAGGAUUAAUACCUACCUUUAUUAAGCAUUCAGAGGCAUAUUAUAAAGAUAGGGAAAUACUGUUUCAGAAGAAACAUGAGCUAAUUCCGUUUAUAUUUCAUUAUUUUAAACAAAGAGAAAAUGAAAUUUCAAAUAAUCAAACUUUCGAAGAUUUUAAGGAAAAUCUAGAAACUCGGUUAACAGAAAUUGAGAAUGUAAUUGGAUUAGAAAAGUCGGGAAAUUUUGAAUUAAGGUUAAAUCGGAUUAAAGAACAUUUAAUUAACGUUAACGGGCAAGUUUCAACAAGAAAUACUGGUACGAAAAAAAUUUGGGUGAAAUUUAAUGAAAACGCUAUAAAAAUAGUAUUUAAUGGGUAGGAUGUUUUUGAUUUAGUAGAAGAGGCUACUACAAAAUUGAAUGGGCUAGAUAAUUACAGAAUGGAUUUGAUUGAAGCAUAUAAACAUAAUUCAUCAGAACCGCUAAGAUUUGGAGACAUGGUUGAUGGUAGUUUUAUCAAUCAAUAUGAAACACCGAUAUUGAUUAGAAUAAAGACACAACAAUAAGAAAAUAUUUCCGUAUGGAAAAAUCCAUAACACUUAUUUAAUGUUGUACGAUUUAUAAGCGAGAUAGAUUAUAAAGUUUAACUAACUAUAAAAAUAAGUUCUUUUUAUUUUUUUUUAUUUUAUCUUUUUUUUUUAUUAAACGUGGU